UUCCGUUUCUUCGCCUAGGCGUCUUAAAGAUUGCAAACGAGUUGGAUAGUCUUUUUUGCUGCAAAAGAAACUAAUACACUUUCUGGACUUCUCUGUUUAUUGCUUAGCUCGGCUGGAACAAUCGGCAUUGCAGGAAGGUUAGCAGAAGUGAAAGUCUAUCAUCAGUACAUUAUGGAUGUAUCUCAGACCGAGAAGACAGAAGAGAGCAGGACAUGUCUCCACAUUAAGCUAUACCACCCCCAGCAGUCUGUCCAGUCCAUGUACCGCCUGCUUCCCCUGGGCCAACGCCUCAAGCACCCAGCCGAGGACCCACUGCGACUGGGCCGUGACGCGGAAUCCUGCACUUUUGUCCUAAAUGACUCUCGUGUGUCCCGCAAGCAGCUGGCCCUGCAGGCUUUCUGUACCGCCCACAGCUCGCAACUGUAUUUUUUGGUGCAGAACCUGAGCCAAAGGGGGUGCCUGACUGUCAAUAGUGGCAAUCUGGGCUAUCUGCAGUGGGCUCAGCUGCCUGACAAGGCACUGCUCCGUUUUGCAGGGUAUGAGCUGUUACUGUGCCAGGAACCUGGAGAAGCAAAGGACAGCUUUGAGGUGCAGUUUGAGGUUGCCCAUAUGUCCCCCUGCCAGGAGGUGGGACUGGGGAUACCCUGUAGGAGCCCAGUUAUGGAUACUGGGUUCCAGACUUCCCAUUAUCCAAAUCACAGUGGCAAUAGCCAGGUUCCCCUGGAAACGGAUGAGAGCUGUUUAAGUACAGGACUCUUCUCCUAAGACAAUUUGAGACUGGCAUGUUCUGCAGUGAACCUUUUGCCCAUAAACAGAAUGAGCCGAUGUCAUGUGAAUUUGAGUUGUGUUCCUAAUGCAAUUAUGCAAAGAAAUGAAGUCUGUUGUGUUCAUGCAAGAAUUUAGUUUCAACUAUCAGGCUUUUCUAAGCAAUUACUCAACCACAUCCCUGUUCAUCCAGUUAAAUAUGAAUAUGCUGUUGAUUUCAUUGCUAACUUGAAAGGGGAACAGCCUAAACCAGAAGCAUUCUUUGGGGAAAGUUAUUUAUUUCCUAAUCUUUUAGUAAACUACUCUCUCAACCUUCACUCUAGCAUUCUGUGUGAGGGGUAGAGAAUUACAAUGCAAGGGAAAUUGUUUGAUUACAGCCAUUCAGGAACCACCACACAAUACUGACCACCUAUAAGACUUUUUUCUUGAUCGCCUUACUCAAUCCUUUGUCUGCUGCUGAUGUAUUUGCUUAUGGUCACUUGAAUGACAUUGGGUGAACAUUUUAUAACUGUUUCAAAAGGCAUUUUUUAUAUUAAUUUAACUGUGAAGUUGACCUUUAAUGGGUUAAUUGUGUUUUUUUUUUCUUAUUUCACUCAAUGCAAUUAAUACAUUGUUUAUCACCAGAUGGCAUUUUUGUUUGUAUAGUUAGGCAUUCUUUUAUCUACAUAGCUGUAUUUUCAAACAAAUGUGAAUUCUUUUACGUACAAGCUGAAUUGCAGAAAACUUAGUUUUUAAAUUAGUUUUUAUGAAUUUUCUGUAAUGAAGUUGUUUUUUACAGUAAAACUAUUUCUAACGUAAAUUACCUUUUAUGCAUUUAAUAAAGUGAACGAAAGUAAA